UAAGCGAUGACCUCACCGAGGGGAACACUAUUCGGUGCCUGAACUGAUUGAAUGCGAUUAUUCUCGGAAUAUUUCUUGUAUCGCCAUACCCGCCUCUAAAUACAUAGUAUUUACUUUGUCUUUACUGCGGCCAAGUAUACUUUCGUUUUUGAUCACAUUCUGCAUUAGUGACUUUCGAUACACAAUAAUGUCAAGACAUCGAAUCAAGAACGUCGACCUUGAUGAAGACGACUUUUACGAUAGCGGGGAAGAUUAUGAUGAUGGCGACGAUGGCUUAACCGUCGAAGACAGAGAGCAGCUCUCGCGCGGGACAAAGCAAGUUCGAGACGUCCUAGGCCCAGAUAUUGCGAUCACGGAUCAAGAAAUACAAGAGACGUUAUGGCAUUAUUACUACGAUGUUGGGAAAUCAGUUACUUGGAUAUUGAAUCAGCGAGCAUCGUCACAACCAAAAGGCUCGAAGAAGUCAAAGAAGGAAACCAAAGCAACUGACACGGUUGCGACUCCCACAAAGAAGGCUGAAGGUCCGAGUCCAGACGAUCUUGUAACAGCUGCACAAAGCGGCAAAGGUGGCAAUAAAGCCAGCAAACCUUCUACAAAGCAAGCAUCCACAGAAAAAGAGAAAAACGAAAAGUCCGCCGUUGCGCCUGCCGUCGAAGUUCCCAAACCCAAGAGCAAGAACAUCAAUGUCCUAGCAGAAUACGAAAAGUCAAAACGAAAGAACGCGGCAAACUUUGUUGUCAUUGGCCAUGUUGAUGCUGGCAAAAGUACACUUAUGGGCCGACUGCUGCUUGACUUGAAAGUCGUUGACCAACGAACAAUUGACCGCUUCCGAAAAGAGGCCGAACGUGUCGGCAAGUCAUCUUUUGCAUUUGCCUGGGUUCUCGACCAAACGAGCGAAGAAAGAACCCGAGGAGUAACCAUUGACAUUGCAACGAACAAGUUUGAGACUGAAAAAACAAACUUCACCAUCCUCGACGCCCCUGGCCAUCGCGACUUCAUUCCAAACAUGAUUGCAGGCGCAAGCCAGGCCGACUUUGCAGUGCUCGUGGUAGACGCCAGCACCGGUAGCUUCGAGUCCGGUCUUAAGGGCCAAACCAAGGAGCACGCCUUGCUCGUCAGAAGCAUGGGAGUUCAGCGGAUCAUUGUUGCUGUCAACAAGCUUGACACGGUAGGCUGGUCUCACGAACGAUUCCAGGAGAUUGAGCAGCAGGCAUCCUCCUUCCUCACCAGCGCGGGCUUCCAGCCUAAAAACAUCUCAUUCGUCCCUUGCUCCGGCCUCACAGGCGACAACAUUGCACACAGGGCCCCCGACGGAUUGGUACCGUGGUACGAGGGGCCAACUCUCGUGGAUGAGCUUGACAAGUCCGAACCCGCGUCCAGAGCGCUUGAGAAGCCUCUGCGUCUCACCAUUGGCGACAUCUUUCGUGGCGGCAUCCAGAACCCACUCUCCAUUUCUGGCCGCCUUGACGCCGGUCACUUGCAAAUAGGUGACCCAAUCGUCGCCAUGCCCAGCGGCGAGACCGCAUACGUUAAAGCUCUCGAUGUCGAUGAAGAACCUGCCGAAUGGGCCGUCGCGGGCCAAAAUGUCGUUUUGCAUCUCUCUGAUAUUGAUCCUAUUCACCUCCGAACAGGCGAUGUCGUAUGCUCACCUACAUCCCCCAUCAAAAACAUCUCGACACUUACCAUCAAACUCCUCGCCUUUGACCACAUCACGCCCAUGCACAUUGACGUUCACCGCGGCCGAUUACAUACCCCCGGCCAAAUCACCCAACUUGUCGCCACCCUCGAUAAAUCGACCGGCCAGGUUCUCAAGAAGAAACCAAAGCUCGUCCAGCCCGGCAGCGUCGCCCGCGUUGUCGUCCAGCUUGCGAAUCCCGUCCCCCUCGAAGCGCCUAGUCGCAUUGUUCUCCGAUCAAACGGCGAGACUGUUGCCGCGGGGCUCCUGGAAUAGGUGCAUGUGUUGAUAUCACUGAGAAUCAAAAUUAUUUUAUUUUAUUUCAUAAAAAAAAUAGUCAUUUCCUUUUGAUUGUCGGGCUAGAUCUCAAGAUGUAUAUCAUAUCAUCUUUUAUGCUCUACAUGUAUUUCUCAAAAUCUAGACGG